UUAAAAAGGUACCAUACAAGUGACAACUUUUGUACCUUUUAUUUCUGAGAGUAGUGAUUUAGUACUGUAUACACUACAUAUACCACAAUUUACUAUAGUAAAUACUAAAGUCAAGUGUACUGCAGUAUUUACUUCAGUUUAUUAAUUCACAAUAGUUCAUGCAGAAUACAGAGUAGGCUAUACAUUAACAAAGUGCAGUAAUUAGCCUACUAAAUAAAACAGUUUACAAUGACUACAUUUUACUAGUAGCCUAGUGUGUUAGUUUUACUAUAGUAAAAUGUUACUACAGUAAUUUCCCUGUGGGAUGAAUUAUCGGUGGGUCAGCCUAUUUUUUGCAAGGGGCUUCGUGUAGCGGCUUGUCGUGCAAUACGUGUAUGUGAAGAAUGAGUGUGUGUUAAUGUGCGAGUGAGUGUGUUGACUCGUCCACCACGGCGCAGGAUCUCUCUCCCUCCCUCCCUCUAGUGCUUCCGCGGAAGAACGCUUCUCUGCUGUCCGCUAAAGAUGGAGUUAUCCGCGGCAGGGGACCGUGUGUUUGCCGCUGAGGCCAUCCUGAAGCGUCGCAUCCGCAAGGGGCGAAUGGAGUACCUGGUGAAAUGGAAAGGAUGGGCAAUAAAGUACAGCACAUGGGAACCGGAAGAAAAUAUACUAGACGAACGGCUCGUUGCAGCAUUUGAACAAAAAGAACGAGAACAAGAGAUGUUUGGACCAAAGAAGAGAGGCCCUAAACCUAAAACAUUGCUUUUGAAGUCGAGAGCACAAGCUGUGGAGACCAUCCCACGAAUCCCGGAGUUCAAGCACAGUCGUCCUCAGCAACAUUCCAAAAUUCCUCCCCCCUCCAUCACACCAACAUACACUCCCAGUGUCCCAUCCAACGCCAAACUUCAGUCAGGUGCCGCUCAACCCAAACUGAAGAAAGACAUUCACCGCUGUCAUCGUAUGGCUCGCCGCCCCCUGCCACGCCCGGACCCCACAGCGCAAGCAGUCGGCUCCUCCGGUCUUUUCUCCUCACGGCCGACAGUCAGUCCGUUCUCGGAAACGGUUCGCAUUCUGAACCGAAAAGUCAAACCCAGAGAGGUGAAGAAGGGCCGAGUCAUUUUAAACCUUAAAGUACUUGACAAGGCUGGAAAUAGUGGAGUUGCCAACAGUAAAAGGACACAUAUGCUAAGCUCUGUCCACCAAUCCCAUUUUGGGCGUCAGAAAAUUCCAUCUCGAAAUAGGGUGAUUGGGAAAAACAGGCGCUUUGGUGAGGUGACCUAUCAGAGUAUCCGACCCCCUAUUAGGAAUUCUGGGUUUCCUGUUUUCGGAAAACUCUUCGGUUCUGACUCACUUAAGGUGGACAGCCAGUCUCAACGGAUAGAUAGCCGCAACGGUGCGCCAAACAAUGGCCUGUCUUCAUCAUCUUCCUCUUCCCAAAGUUCAAAGGUCCAGAACUCAGAGUUUUCCAAAAGUCAGACUCUUAAUGAUGAACUGCCACCUUCUGUCUCAAGCUCAGAGGUUUCAGAUGGUGAGCCACCCUCUCCACCACAAAACCAAUCCCAACGUUCCUCAUUGACAUCCAAGCCUUCCACGACGAUUGCCCAGGAUCCAGCGGUUCACAAACUCGCCUCUCAACCCACUUCGGGCGCAUCUGCUCUUCCAGCUUCUCCAAUGUUCUCUUCUUCAUCCUCUGCUUCGUCAUCCUCAGAAGACAACGAGCACAUCCUGGACCUUUCGGUGCCUCACGAAAUGGACAGGCGACUGCGGAGACGCCAUCCCUUUUCUAGUCGGCGAUCGCUUAAGGUCCCUGAGGUGCCCGUGUCGGAAGAGCCAUCAGAGGAGGAAGAUGUAGACUGGCAUCCUGACAUGACAUCUCGAUGUGCCAACGUGGUCGUCACGGACAUUACGGCUAAUCUUCUCACCGUCACGAUCAAAGAGUUCUGUCAUCCACCUUCCGCUACUUCUCCACCCUGCUACCCUAAAAAUACAUCAAGCAACACACAGCCAAAGCACCAACCUAACAAAACAUGAAUGCAGACACCACAGAUGUAGCCUUCUGCAACUUUCACAAAGUAUAUUAGGGAAUUUGUUAAGCUAAGCACGGAUUUACCAAUGCAUUCACAGAUGUGCCGAGCGACCUAUUGCAUGGUGUGCUGUAUAAUUUGUUUGCAGUAUUGAUUUAAUGUUUAACUGACUUCCUGCUUUAUAAAGGUUUCUGUUAACCAGCAUAAUUCUCCAUUAGUUGAAUAUAUAACACAUCAAAUUUUCAGAGAGCAUAAUGAACUGUUUCACCAGGUAUUAGUGAGUAUCUGGUUACUAUUAUAUUAGUAAAGCAGUAUAACAACCGUCUGUAGUAGGCCGCUUGACAUGCUCUGUAUUAUCUGGUGCAACUACCUGGCAAGUAUUUUAUCACUUUUCCUGCAACAAGGAUCUGAGGUUAUAGGUACAUAAUAAAAAUUGCUUUUAUUUUUUUUACUUUUAUUUUUACCUAGAAAUCUAAGGCCAUUUGUGCAUUUUGUAGAUGCUUUUGACUUCCGUGCAUUUAAAGCCACCAAAAAAUUAAAAUUCUUUCUUUUUAAAGAUAUUUUGAAGAAUGUUUAUAACCAAGCAGAUCUUGGGCAUCAUUAACUUCUAUAGUAGAAAAAAUAAUACUAUGGAACUGAAACGUGCCCCAGAUGUCUUUUAUUAAUGUUUGUAACUAAGCAGA